CAAACCUGUCUCUUUCUCUCUUUGAUCUAAGUAUCAUUUGGAGAAUUCAGCUCUGCUGUGAUAUUGGUACAUUUGUCAUUGUCUCGUUAUUCUGAGUUGUUGCUACUCUUCUCUGGCUCUGGCUCGUCAAUGGUGCAUGCAUGUGUUUCUCCAGGCUGCUUUCCUCGCUGCUUUCCUCUGUAACUUGGGGAAGGGGCAUGGCAGGGACUCCAGGGAUCGAGUACUGUGGGACUGCUCGUCAGCGCGAGCCUCAUUGUCUAACCCUACUAUGCUGUCACUAUGAAUUCCACUCUGCAGUUGUUCAGGCUUAUUACUAAAUGACGUUUUUCGUAAUGCCUCGCAUGGAAAUGUUUUGACUUAAAUGAAAUGUGGAGUGUGGGUGAACGAAAAGCUGUUUAUUUUUCCUGCGUUAAGGAUGAAAAGUUCUUUAUCGGAGUUAAGAGAUUUUCUUCCCUCCCCUCUCACGUUCUCUUGGAGAAGGAAGACCUGGGGUUCCAAAUGUGCUUCUCUGGUAGUCUGGUGGCCCUUCUCGCGGAAGCUGAACUAGGAACAUUUGUGAAUGAGUUUUAGUUUCUUGGAGUUAUAAAAACGUGUGUAAACUAGUAAAUCGUGUCUCAUUCAUGUGCUGUGGAGAUUUCUCGUACUUUAUGGACAAAAAUAAUUUGGCUACUAACGAAUUAGGGCUACCUGCCAGUCUCCUUUCGUACUGUAGGUAAGAGGAGCGCUAGGAAGAAAAGCUGCUGGCAGCCACCCGGGGAAAGUUUCACGUGUGGUCGUGUUUCUAUUUCUGCCCUUCACAUCUCUGAAAGAAUGUGUGUUUUAGAAAAGAAAAUGUUCAAACACGGCAGACACGCUCCUUUUUUCGCAGGCAUGUGUAGAGCCACCGGCUCCCUCUCCCCACAGAGGUACCUGGGUGCCUUACAUACCUCGCCUGCUCAUCUCCGUCUUCCCUAUCACACUGAGACCCCCAAGUCAGAUACACUCAGAAUAGAUACACAGGAUGACGUGAACUUGAGGACAGAGAGUAUUCUCUAAAAGCCUCUUGCACCAGAAGUAGUGACGUUGGCAGGGUGGGAGAGGCAGGUCAGCUAGAGCUGUGAGCAGUUGGGGAGUUUGAGGUCAUGAGGCUGUGGCUUCUCAUCUGGGACUUCAGGAACAUGGCUAAGAAAAGACAUGAAAGGGUUAACCUGCUUUGUCUGUCUUUAAAAAAUUUUUUUUUAAUUUUAAAAUAUUUUUAUUUUUAUUUCCGAAACCAGAGGGGAAGGAGACAGACAAGAAAAUUGUGUUUUAUUGGUACAUCUUUUAUUGAAAUUUAUUUCAAAAUUAGUAGUCAGUGUGGACUUAUUGGGGAGUGACCAAAGGGAUACUAAGCUCUCUGAGAACCACUCUGUGACGUAUGCAUAUAGUCUGUUGAAAUCUCAGUUUAAUAAUAACAGUUAUUAUUAUUAUUAUUAUCAUUAUCUAUAUGUGUGAUGAAAGGGAUCCAAAUGGGAGAGAAAGCACCCACUCUGGCAAUGGCAUGUUUUACAAGCAAGCAGGGAGUGACAAGGGGCUACCUUGUGGCACUGAGCCUUCAUCCCCCACUAAUACAGAUCCCAUGACAAAGUUCUAGAUCAUGCUGGCUCUAAUUGUGGAGCUGGAACAAUUGUUUGUUUGCUACAAUUCUUCCUCUACUAUAUUUACUCUGCGCCAGAGUCUGUUGGGCAAGAGUCUACAAAGUCCAUGAGUGUCUCUUCUUUUUUUCUCACUCCUGUCCCUGUUCCCCUCUCUUGUUUUGUUUUCCCUUUUAGAAUAUUUGCUAUUGUGUUUCAUAAUAUGUUUGAAAAGGGAUUGCAAGAAGCUGUCACCUGGUGGAGGUUAGCAGCUCAGCUUGCCUUUCAUCUCAGUUCUGUGCUCUGGUCUCCUUAAGCUGCUCCCGUUAUCUAGUAGAGGGAGGAAUGGACCUGUGGUCAAACUCUUCUAGCUCUGUUAACCCAGGGACUCAACUGCAAUCCUGUGUUAAUCAGAACUGAGCAUACAGAGUCUGACUGCCAUCCCUGGCCGCAUCACCACAUGAAAGAAACUUGAAUAGGCAAAGUAUCGAUCGCCAGAACACCUGGGAAUGGAUAAGCAGUGAUGAAAUGAGUUUUGUUUAAAGAGUGAAACUCCCAUUUUCCUCAUUUCCUAAUCAGAACUAAAUUUGUGAAUUGUUUCUAGAUUCUGGAGGAUUAUGGGAUAUGUGUCUUGGUAGGGUAUUGUUUUAAAAAAACCUUAGAAUUACUGGAAAAAUAAAAUGGAUUUGAUUUGACCGAUAAACAGUUUAAGAACAUUUAAUGUUUUACAAGCAUUCCUCUAGAGAAAUAGAAACAGACCCAAAGGCACGGAGGGAAGUUUAGAGAAUUGUAUGAUGAAACACAGUAUUUAUACCUUUAUGAGUAGAUUUAAAAACAUUUAGAAGUGACUAGGAGUGAAAGGGUUAUUUGGGGAAAUACUGUAAUUAUUCCCAUAUAGCAAGCGUGGAAUUAAGAGAAGCCCUUAAACUUACUAGGCAGUUGACAGCUUGAACAAGUCCCCCUCAGUUCUGAUGCAGCAGUUUGGGGAAGAUUACCCUAAGAGGAAGAAAUCCUUCCUAGAAUACAAAUAAGACUGAUUCUGUCUCUCCCACAAUGGAGGGUCCCAGGGCUGGUACACCCCAGACAUAGACUGUCACUCUAGCUUUAAAAACCCGCGGUGCUGCUGUGGGGCAUAGGGAGUGGGCAUUUGAAACUGCAUUGGUAGGGAGGAUUGAGGCAUGCUUCUAUGACAUUUGGGGACAGUUGAUAUUUCCUGUUCAGAUAAUAAGAAAGUUAAAGUUAGAGGCUCGGUGUAUACAUUAUACAGUAUUUUGCCAAUUUUAAGGUAUCCCCCCCCUCCCCUCCAAAACGCAGAAGCCUUUCCUCUAGUUCGGCAAAAAAUUUCCUUUUUUCUCUCCUUGCUGAUAUUUGGUAUAGAGUGUAGGAGACAGAGACGUGACAUUUUGAACUUCCCAUUUCUCUUAAACCAAGGCCUCCUGGAUCCUUUACUGUGGGUAAAGCAUUAGGUUAAGCUUUCUCAAAACUCUCUCCACUCCAAAAUGUUGUCACUUAGAAAAAUAUUUGAAAGAUUCCCAGCUCCUGACACUAGUGGCCAACAUUCUUACAUUUAUUCUCUUGUUUGGAGAUGAAGUAUGUGUCAUAGCUAGCCUUUUGAUGUGUGGAGUCACUAUGGUUGACUUGUCAGUUAGAAGCCAUUGUACAGAUGCAAGUCGCCAUGAUAUAUCUCAUCUAAGUGCCAUGUAUAGUUCUUUACAGUUAUCUUUAUGAAUUACAUCAAAUAGGUAAAAACAUUAAAUUCAUAUUUUAUAUGCAUAAAACUCUCAAGUGCUUUAGGUCACUCAUUCCUGCCAAUUACAAUUUUCAUAAUGAUAUAUAGUACACGUGUGGCAAGCAAAAGAAAACAUGUCGAGGGAUGUUGUGAAGACACAGGCCUGGAUGCCGACAGUAUAUUCAUAAAAUAAAAGAAUCAAUAAUAAGAUUAGAUAGUCACACAGAGAUACGGGCAGUGUAGGUCUUUUUGUACGAAUAAAUCAAACACUGAGCUGUAAGGGAGCAAGACUGAGGAAGAUGAAGAACAAGGAACUAGAGUGGGAACUUCAAGUGUUCCUCCAACUGAAUACAAGAGCUCUGAGCUAGGCUAGCCAACCACACAGGUUAGCCAACAGCACAGGUUAGCCAAGAGCACAGGCUAGCCAACAGCACAGGCUAGCCAACAGCACAGGCUAGCCAAAAGCAUGAGCAUCACUUGGUGCUCAGGGAUGUUAGGAAGAGGAGUGUUAAAAUCCCUGUGACACGGAGGGUUCUAACAACCGAAGGAAGAGGGAUUACGAAGUUGUUCCAUCUAAGAGGAUGAGAUUUCCAUAUUGUUAAUAAUUUGCAUUUGGCACAUUGCAUGCGAUUAAAAACACCAUUUGAAGGGGAAAAUGUGUAGUUCUACCAUUAGAGACAUAAUCUUUGAUAUCUAGCUAGGGGCCUUUUGCAUUCUUUCUACCUUAAGAAUAUGCUGUUGAUCCUGAAAACAUUAAACAAAUUAAGUUUUAAACAUAGAGUCAUAUAUUUCAGAUAAUGUAACAAUCAUCCAUCAACAAAUUAUUUCUUUGCUUAGUGGUCACAAUACUUUCUAUGCUGCUUUGCAAUUAGGAAAAUAUGAGUGUUAGUCUCUCAUUCCCUUUGUGAAGAUGUAAAAGUUAUUAGAAAGCCAUCUUAGAAAGAAAACUAUGAAACCCAAACUACAUUUAGCAUUAUAAGCAAAGAAAAAUGCGCAAAUACCCUCCUCUUAAAGCAGGGAGAACUCUGUAUGGGGUACUGAUGGUCUGCUUGCUGCUGAUGCAUCUGAUGGCCUAGCAUUUAGUUAUAUACAAGAUUGGCAUAUAUUCCUGUUUCUAAAUCAGGAAUUAAAAUGUUGAGUUGCACAGAUCCUUCAAUCCCUAGGGUUUUAGCACCUAUGAAAUGGGCUUUAAAACCACUACAAAAGUAUUUACCCUACCUUCUACAGAAUCUUGCUUACACUUACAAAGCUUUAGGAAAAUGCUUGGGUGUUUCUAAAUGCAGUCCAUUGAACUCAUAUUUUUAAAAGUGAGCUUACUAUCUGGAAUAUGAGACGUAAUCUGGAUGUUAAUAAAAUUCUUAUCAUUUGGGAAAGAUAACUUUCAAGGUGUCUUAAAACUACCUUACAUAAAUGAUUCCUAUAAGGAACUGGUUGGCUAAUACCUCACCUUUAAUGUCCAUAUAACUACCACUCUCGAAAUACCUCUAACUGCUGAUUCCCCGUAACUUAUAUGUCCACCCCACCACUAUAAAUUCAGUUAUAUCUGUUCGCUACUUAUAACUGGACAUCCUAAACACCCCUUGACUCAUUUCAUGUGUAGGAAAUCUGAUAUAUUAAUAGUUGUUUUUGUAACUUUUAGUAUAUCAAGUAUAUUUUCAAAUUUCAUAUCGAACCAAUCUUUAAGCUAGGUAAGUUGAAUUGUGUUUGCACACAAGUACAAGAACAGAUGACAUUAAAGAAAAAUUAUUGAACAGUAACAAAAAAUAGUGAUGUUCAGUGAAUGAAAGAAAACCUCACACACCAGUGCUUCUUAAAUUAGUAUUUGUGUGAGUAGUUUAACAUUGAGGAAAUGUCAGGUGACUUAGAGAAAGUCGUGUAAGUUCCAUACACUGUGCACGCUCACAGAAAAAUCAGGAGGGAGAGUUUCCUCCUUAGUUUUGAAUGUGGAAUGAAAAAAGGGGAAAUAUAAAGAUUUCUUUUUAUGGGCAGCUUUAUAACAAGUGAUAAAAAAAAAACCACCCAAGAAACGGGGUCCAUAUUUUUGAUAUAAAAUUGUUUUCCACUGAUAUAAUCUGUUGAAAGCCAGAAGCCAUCCAAAGUGCUGAUACCAAUUUAAGAAGAUCAUCUUUUGCCUUAAUUAUACAUCUGGGAAAUGUUAGCUGAACAUUUUGUGGAGAACACUGAAUACCUUACUUACCAGUUGUCUAAAAUACUGCUAAUGAUCGACACGGUGCCAGUGUUUUGAUGGCUAGAGCCUAGGAUGAGCAUGAAUACAAAGAGCACAGUUGGAAAAAAGCACACAUUUUAUACAAAACAGAUUUCAACCAUCUGCUUGGCGCUUGAGUAUGUGACUAUAGGCAGUAUAUGAAAGAGACCACUGUCCACGUUAUGAAUGGGAUCGUGUUUAUUGGAACCUUAGAGAAGCCAUAGGAUUUCAGAAAGCGUGUAGAACCAAUGAUUCUCUUCAGCUAAAUAAUAAAAACAAGAGCCUCAGCCAAAAUUUUGUUCUCUCCACAAUCUCUUCUAUGUCAGUUUUCUUCCCCUAGCAAAAACGGUUUUUUGCUAAUAACACAUGCCCCAGUGCUACAAUCAGGGUAUUAAAGACACCAGACAGCCCUCCGCAUGUGACCCCAGGGAGGGGAGCCCCAGAUGGCUAUGAGAUACAAAACUGUUUACUUUAGGAAUAGGUGAGAUCCCCAAAUCUGUCACCCGAGUUCUGUGCUAAGCAUGAAACCAGGCUGUAGGUCAAGGGCCCAGACACAAUUCUGUGUUUUCCGCUUGCUUCUGAACUUUGAACAUCCCAUCAGAGGGAUGCUGGGUCACCACAGCAGAGGGAAAAAAUCACAAGGGUAGGCAAAAUGAGAUCACGUGGUUCAUUUCCUUUACCCCAAAGCAAGAACAGAGUCCCUGCCGUGCAGAGGCGACUGCCGGUUAACAUUAAUUAGACGGUUUAGAUGUGUAGAUGUCACAGCGAUGACAUGCCAUUCCUGAGCACCUUGCAGACCUUCUGGUGAAGAGUCCUCUCCCCGGCUGUAGGUCCUUUAGCUGCUUUUUUCAUUUCUAAAUAUUCGGAAGACUGAGCUUCUAGAAUUGUGUUCUCUUACUGAAUCAUCUGGUUUACUUCUGUGGAUCGAAUAGUAUCCAUUGAUAAUUUUUCCAACCCUCAAUUGAGAAGUUAUGUAGUGCUAUAUAAAGAAAUAUUCCCAGAACCCCAACUAAUCAAUGCUUUCAAUAUGGCAUCCAGUACCCAGUGUCCCUGCUGAGUUGCUUGAAACACAGCUAACGUAAGCGAGAUGCACAUUAGGUAUGAAAACACACACUGGAUUCAAGAAAUUUAGAAGGAUCUGAAGGGUUUUUAAUUUUUCUCCCUUUUAUUUUUUAUUCUGUACUGCCAUGCCGUUUGGAACUACAGGUUUAAGAGAUACUACUAAAAUUAUUUUCAUAUACAUUUACGUCGUUGGUGUGACUACCAGCAAGUCUAAGAUUCCAUCCAGGGGUCAAACUCUUGGCUUCUUUUGCAUUUCUGUUGGAUAAUGGUGUCCACCUUCUGUGGGUGGAGGGUUUGUAUUUCUGUUGGAUAAUGGUGUCCACCCUCUGUGGGUGGAGGGAGGUGAAGACAUUUCAAUCAGCACCUCAAGUCUAGAAGCUCCCAGUUCAGCGGAGUAGCACGGAGGCAGACAGACUUCAGGGCUUGCUAUUUCUCUUCCUUCUUCAUUCUACAGGAAGGAGACAUUGGGCACACGUGUAUCAUAUGCCUCUUACCUGAUAGAUACGAUUAGCUCUAGACCUGGACGAGAUCCUGAUGGCAGGGGACAUGUUGAAGGACUAGACUGGCUGCUUUAGAGAACAGUUGGAGUGACUGUCUUUAUUUUCCACGAUGCCACCGUGAGUGGCUCUCCCCCUUCCUCGUGUGGUUUAAGGGAGUUCGUGGAUGGAAGGAAAACCUUCAGCUUUUGUCUCCCAGCUGAUGCUGCACAUAACUUUCCGAAUUGACCCGCAAGAUGCCAUCCAAGCUCCCGCUCUAUGCAUAUGGAGACGCACUUAUAAAUAUAGAUGUAAAGAUAGCACAAGCAUUCGGCAUGUACGUGUUAUGUGCCAGACUCCCAGUCGCUUUGAAUGCCUCCUUUAUUCUGUGUUCACGACGCUCUCGUCGUUCAUCCUCUCCUAACCUCACACAGGCAGGAGGGGGAGCACACAGAGCUAGUUCCUAAUAUUCUCUCUGGUUUUGACAUCUGAGUGUGGCUUAUCAACCUUUCAGAACCUUCCCUGUGAUUAAUUUUACUGUAUCUAUUACUCUGUCUUAUUUAACUUACUUUGUGGCUUUGGGAGCCCAACCAAGGACCUCACUGGUCCAAAAUAAGAUGUGUUCUUGAACUAUAGCCCUAGUGUUAAGGAUUUCUUUCACACUGCCACACUAUUAUUGAUUAAGGAAAUAAAAUGCUCCUAUAACUUUAGAAUUUAAUAUGUGAUUUGGAAGAAGACUAUCUUUAGGUAUUUUAUGAAUAUAUUUGCUUUAAAUACUGAUUAUGUAUUUAAACUAAUAUGGUAGAAACUUCAUGCACUGAUUGGGACAUUAACUAACUAACUAACUAACUAACUAACUAACUAACUGUUGCUUUAGUUUUGUUUUUGAGGCAAGCUCUUCCUCUGUAGCCCUGACUGGCCUGGAACUCACUGUGUAGCCCGGGCUCUUCUCAAAUUUGCAGUGAUUACUCUGCCUCUGUUUCUCCACCUAUGGAUUGCAAGCAUUUGCAGCCACGCUUGAACUGUAAUGCUAUGUUAUAGAAACCUGUCUUUUAAAAAUAACUUAAUUUAUAUGAUAAGCUGGAAUGCCCAGUGGACUCCUGGGUCUAUCCAAGGAUGCUUGUUCAAUGUCUUCUCUGCAUUAAAUCCACACAUGGAAACCCCUUGCUGGUACUGUGAGACUAUAAAAUGUCUCUAAUAUCUCUCUCUCUGUCUGUCUGUCUGUCUGUCUGUCUCUGUCCUCUCCUUUCCUCUCCGUUUUUCCUCCUCUUUCUCCUCUCCCACAUCCCAACCCCAUCCUCCUCCUCUCCCUUGCUCUCUUAUCCUCAGUACCUUUAACACACAUCAUGUACUGAAAUCAAGUCUUUGCACAAGGACCCUAUCUUGUUAGAAAUGGUAUCUGAUCAUUUUUGUGAACUCAGCAGCCAGGCAACUUCUUUAUACUAUCCUAAGUUGUAAGUAUGUGAGCAUUCAUAUCUCAUGUGGUGAUAUGAAUAUCUAAACAUAUUUUACAAAUUGGCUGACAACAGCAUAUUUAUUAAAUGUGAGAGUAAUCCUUGGGAGAAAGUUGUACCCUACUUGAGGGUAGAGUAAUGGUAGCUCUGAGUAGGAACUUCAGUUGAGUCUGACAGUAAAAUCAUAGAAUCAGUGACACAGUGGAGGCUUCAUGGAAGCAGGAAAGCAUUGGAGGAUGGAAUCUGCCUUCGUGGUUUUCUUUUCUUUUUUUUUUUAAUUUUUUAUUAGGUAUUUAGCUCAGUUACAUUUCCAAUGCUAUACCAAAAGUCCCCCAUACCCACCCACCCCCACUCCCCUACCCACCCACUCCCCCUUUUUGGCCCUGGCGUUCCCCUGUACUGGGGCAUAUAAAUUUUGCAAGUCCAAUGGGCCUCUCUUUCCAGUGAUGGCCGACUAGGCCAUCUUUUGAUACAUAUGCAGCUAGAGUCAAGAGCUCCGGGGUACUGGUUAGUUCAUAAUGUUGUUCCACCUCUAGGGUUGCAGAUCCCUUUAGCUCCUUGGCUACUUUAUCUAGCUCCUCCAUUGGGAGCCCUGUGAUCCAUCCAUUAGUUGACUGUGAGCAUCCACUUCUGUGUUUGCUAGGCCCCGGCAUAGUCUCACAAGAGACAGCUACAUCUGGGUCCUUUCGAUAAAAUCUUGCUAGUGUAUGCAAUGGUGUCAGCGUUUGGAUGCUGAUUAUGGGGUGGAUCCCUGGAUAUGGCAGUCUCUACAUGGUCCAUCCUUUCAUCUCAGCUCCAAACUUUGUCUCUGUAACUCCUUCCAAGGGUGUUUUGUUCCCACUUGGUUUUCAAUGAGUGAGUGUUUCAGUUUUAAUGUUAGAUCCAUAUACACUACUGUAGGCUUGAAGUAACCCAUGUCUUGUUUCUUUGUUUUAUUCUUUGAUCUUUAACCAUUGUUCCAAAGAUUUGGAGAGGCUGUAAGAAGCCCCUGGAAAGCACCGCCAUUCAUCAGGGACGUAACCUUUCCCAGUUGAAUAAACUCCGCAUGGCAUCAGUUCUUUAUCUGCGAAGUCCAUGCUGUAAUAGUCUCUGUUUCAUAGGAUACUUUCACUUCUCAGAGAAGAAGUAAAACCUUGUAUGGUAAUUCAUGCCUUUAACCUUGGAACUUGGGAGGCAGAAGAAGGUGCAUCUCUGUAAGUUCAAGACCAGCAUGGUCUACAGAGUAAGUUUUUGGCCAGCUAGGAUGACAUAGUGAGACCCCAUCAAUAAGUUACCAAAAAAAAAAAAAAAAAGGGAAAAGAAAUUAUAUGUACUCUAGCUUGUCGAGGAAAUGUUCAAUUAACUGAUGCUAAUAACUCAGAAAGGGUUCCUAGAAUAUUCCAUGUGCAGGUAAUGUUGGGUGCAUACUAAUAAAAAAUACAAAAUACUUUGCAAAUUUCUCUGCUUUGGGUCAAACUAGAAUCUGACCUGCUUCCUAAGAGAGCAGCAGCCUUCCCCACACACUUUAGGCUUGAUUUUCAUCCCCUAAAGUCACACACACAUGCGCACGCGCACACACACACACACACACGUGAUUGUGCAUGUGUGUGUUUGAGACAUAAAGCUACAUUAUAAACUUUAUUGUACAUGUUUACCGUGUUCAUGUAUAGAUAUGUUUAAGUGCAUAUGUUAUAUGCAAUCUGUAUAAAACAGUAAGCCUGUACAUAGAGAUAUAUGUGUACUCAGUUUACAUGGGCAAAUACAUGUAUAGAUCGUAAGUAUGUAUAUCUGUGUGCAUUGUCAAUGUAUACAUGCAAUACUUGUAUGACAUAUAAAACUUAGUUCUUGGACGUAUGUCAUAUGUAUGAAUGCAUAUAUUGAUAAUGUGUACAGUAUCAAUACAUGAUCUAUAUAUGCAUAAUAUUAAAAAUGUGACAUAUUUCAUAUAUAUGUGUGACUGCAUAUGCGUAGUAUAAAUUUAAUGAUUUUUUUUAUAUAUAAAACUAAGACCUUGACUAAGAAUACCUCUGAGUUCUCUGCAGUCAUGAUGAGUUAUUUUGUAGCGAGAAACAGCUUGGGGUUUUAUCAGGUCUUUGCAGUUGCUCUAGAGAAGCCCUGGUUGUCGGGAGGAUGGUUUAUUUUAUGGAUACUUAAUAUGUGUUUAAUAGAAGAGAUGCAGAAAAUUCAAGAGCCCUUAUUCACAUUGCCAUUUUUGGUAGAGACCAAACAGGAGAAAGAGCACUGAGUGAUAAUGAACUUAGUUGGAGACGGCACGUCUAUAAGUAGCUAAACUAAUGUUUGCCAGGUAUGUAGAUUUCUUGGUGGAAGGAUACAGGCAGAGAUCUAAGAAAAGGCUAACUAGUCCUGUAAACUACCUCCUUUAAAUAGCAGUUCUUGCAUCCAGGCUGUUGCUAAGAGAUGGGGAACAAUUAGUUCUUGACUGAGUUGUAUUCUUGCCUAGCUUCGAGGGCCCUCCCACCUCUGUCCUUAAAGUGACUUCAGGUUUCAGAGUGUACGCAGUCAAACCAAGACGAGCCUCCAUGUGAACAAGGCCCGGGAGCCAGAGAAUACACUGUCGAGGGGACAUGCAUGUUACGGAUGCUCGUGAUGGUGGAUGGGUAGGCUUUUGUGGUUCUGAGAAAUACUUUGUCCUGCUGGACCCUUGUUGUACCCUCAGACAUCUCUGACUUGGUUCAGUCACUUAAAUGGACAGAUAGAGGGUCUUUGACGUUCUCCAGUGACUUCACUGAACCUGCUCUUGGUGUCCGCUCAGCAGCAGACACAUCUCCGCUGACUCCUCAGGAAGUAUUUAGUGAGGAGUCGGACCAGUGGGUCUACCGCAGGACAGGACUGGUCACCGUGAAGAGUGAGGAAUGGCAGGGCGGCUGCUGGAGGGGACGACAAAGUCUCUGCUUACACUUAGCAAAUUGAGAGUCUCCUUUGUAAAAUACCAGGGCUUUUCCAAAUCAGAAAAAGCUUGCCCCAAAAGCUGAUGGGCUGUUUGCUUGUUUGUUUGUUUUUGUGGUGUAGGUGUUUUCAGAAUGUUGUUUAUAAAGAUGGCUCCUUAUUAAUAAUAUUGGUUCAUUGUUAUGAGGGGACUCAUCAGCCCGCCAUGCUAUUUUGUUUCCGUUUUAAAAAUCAAAAUGUGAUCAAUCUCCAAUAAACUCCGAGUUAGUCAAAUCCGGAGACAAUCAUUUGCUCUCUCUUUGUGUACGUCAAUUUGCAUGUGUAGCAUGUGCCCAUGGGAGAGCUCUAUGCACACACAUGUGGUCAUACAUAUGGCGACUUACACCCUCCUUCAUCAGUCUCCACCUAUUUUUUGAGGCAUAGUCUCUCACUGAAUUUCCAUCUCCUGGAUCCCAAGCUAGCCCUCUGGAGCUCCAGGAGUCAUCGCGUCUCCACUUCCUCUGCGCUGGGAUCACAGAGGCACCGUGCCCCUGUGCUGGAAUUUCACAAGGGUGCUAGGGAUUAGACUCAGAUCCUGUUCUCACGUGGUAUGCAUUAUGCAAGCUCCCAACGCCUCUCAUUAAUUUUUUUAAAUUAAAAAUAAACCUAGGUGCACAGGUAUGGAGAGGGACUUACAGCAAACUAAUUCCACUGGCAACCUUUGUCCCUGUCUUUCAGAUCUUUUCUUUAAGUCACUUAAAAGUUUAGUUAAGGGCUAAUACCCUUAGUUAGCAUGAGAGUCCCCAUACACUGUGACACUGCUACACCAGUGGCGUCAGUCCCCACACAGUACUGAUGCAGAACAUGCAGCCCACGGCCACCUUCUCCAAUGGUCUCCGCAGUGCUUUAGAUAGUUUUGUACUUAAGGAUUGAUUCUGCCUUAGGCCCUUCUUUCUUCAUCUCUGUGAAGUGAAAGUAGCUGCUCUUGGUUUGGUGUUUGGUGUUGACACGGACACUCAGAGAACAGUGCAGGGAUACAGCACACAGGGAUCUGUCACUCAUGAUCACAGAUUACAAUUCUAUGACUAGAGCGUUGUGGCAAGGAUGUUUUGACCAGCACAGAGCCUGUCUGUACUAGGCAAUACUCAAGGGGGAAGUGGGUUUCCUGCAUGUCAGAAGCACUCACAGCUUAAACGGAAAGUCACCUAACCAGAGACACCAAAUGUUGCUGCAGGUCAUUUAAGAAACUGAUUCUUAAGUCUGUGUUCAAGACAGCAGGUUUAAAGUCAUACUUAAAGCGUUCAUUGUUCAGUUUUCAUACAAAACUAUGUGUCACUAUUCUAGGGAAAACAAACUCACCUCUAUUCUUGAUCACUGUUCUCACGAGCUAGAAAUGUUCUCACAAGUUUUAAGUGGUGUUCAUUGUGUGUCUGGAAAUGUUUUAUAUUACAGGUGAUUUUCUGCCUUGACUCUAACACCUUAAAAUAUAUGUCAAAAGCUUCAGAUGUUGUUUAGUUGGGAAGUGAGUGCUUGCCUGGCCUAGGGAAGGUCAUGAAUUUGAGUCCCUCCACGCAUUGUAAGUGCACACAUGCACACGCACACACACACCAUACCUCAAUGUGUAUAUGCAUGUACUCAUAUGUAUGUGUGCCCAUGUUAUGUGUGUACACAUGUGUGGUGUGUAUAGACCUCUGUGUUAUGUAUAUGCCAGGUAGGUUCCCCCGUGUAAAGUGUUUCUAUUUCUGCACCAGUUUACUUGUUUGUACCCAUUUAGGAUAAAACACAUGAUCCACAACGUUAGUUUGCAGAUGACCAGCAAGAGUCACAGGCAAGGCCUUGACCGGUGGUCUUCAGUGUAUCAAGCAGUGCACACUGCCCGUGGCUGGGGGCUCAGUCUAUACUAAGCCUGGAUCACAGUAUCAUGGGAGGACCGGAGAUGCCCUUCUGCUGGAUCCUACACUGCACGCUCUCUUUUGUACCCCACUCCCACCCUCUACCCCCAAUAGAUGGUCAGGGAGUCCUUGUGCUGCUUCCAAUGAGGCUGUUCUCCAAGAUUCAGAAAGUCAGUCCUGACAUAUUCAUUUGUAGAUUAGGAAAAUUCUGUGAAUAGAGCAACCAUGAUCUUCACCCUGACACAUUUCUGCAUCCAGGUACAUUUUAAACUGUGCGGAUGGAUUCAAAAGGGAAGUGCCCACCCUGUAGUCCUGGACAGUUUAGGGAACAGAGUAGGCCUCGCCAACUGAACAAUUGAGCCGUUUUCCACUCAUGGCGGCCAACUCCCUUCGUGACUCAGCAGCAUUUACCUCUGUAGCUGUUCGCUUUCCAUGCCCUUCAUCCCACCAAGGUCUGGGAGGGAAGCUCGAGGCUGGGGGCUUAGUGAGAGUUAAAAGAGGUGUUGUGUGGCCAGAGUAAGUAGAGAGGAGCAAAGCUGGUGAGGGCUGGUGUCCACAGCCUGUGGAGUCUCCCUCUGAUGAAAUGUGACCACUGAAGAGUGAUUUGAUUCAAUUAAACCCUUAAGUUGUCAUUAUCCUGUUCAUUGGUGGAACAUGAUAAACCUCAUUGCGAAGUACUAAAUAUAACGUUUUUUGUUGGUUCAAUACAAGCUGUCAUGUUAUGUUAGGGCUCAAAAAUAGUGGUUCUAAAGAUAGAUUUUUCCAAUGUAUUAGAUAUCCUUAGGUAAAACCCAGCCUGCUCAUAAAAGCUAAGACUGCCUCCUCGUAAGCAUAGACGCCACUCACUGUUACGUGUGCUGUUUAAGUGCAUUCUGUUGCCUUAACACUAGCAGGGGGUUCUGCCAUCUCUGUUUCCUCUCUUUCUUUUUGAACAGUCUUGUUUUUUCAAGCUGAAAGGUUAGUUUUCUUUUAGAAUAUUCCUUUUAUAAGUUUACAUAUAGAUCAAUCCUAUGAAGUAUGAACUUUGUGGGCUCCUGAAUUUAAUUGCCUAUCCAGUAUUGCCUGGCCAGUCCUAUAGAAUUCUUUAUGAGGCCAAUGCUUCUGGCCAGAGGGUCAGUGGGGCAGCAUAGCUCCUGCUGAGUGUCUGAUGCCUCUGCUCUUUUCACACCACCCAAUACUGAACUCUGUAUUUUACUCUGUCACAGAAUUGAGAUUUUAUAGAAUAUUGUUGAUUGGACAGAUGUGACUGGGGGGGGGGGGGCAACCUUAUUUGUGGAGGAGGGACCAUUGGCAUUAAAAGAUUCUCCACACCAAAUCCUUCAGAUUUCAGGCUAAUUAACUAUUAAGAUGUUCAGUGUUUUAAUUUUGUUCAUGCUUUAAAAAUCGCAAAGGCUAAUUUAUUAUAGUUUUUUAAUUUGGUUGCUAUUAUUUUAAUAAUUAAAUUUAUUUACCAUAAAUUAAUAGCAGCCAAUUGUUUCCGGGGUGAAAGUUUUAAGAUAGAAAUGGAUAAAUUAAUUUUAAGACUCAUAUGUUAGGCUUAUUUCCCUCUUUCACUCAUUCUUUCUUUCUUCCUUUCUUAUUUUCUUUCUGUUUCUUAUGUUUGUCUGCUUUUUUCUGAUGAUUCCAGGCUGGCCUUGAACUUGGGAUCUCUUGCUUUACCUCUGGGACAGUGGACUAUUGACAUGUGUCCCCUGCCAGGCUUACUUUAAGUUUCUAAGUAGGAAUCCCAGUUUGAGCCACUAGUUCUUGCCUGCUGCUUUUAGUAUGUAUAGGACCUGGGAUUCUUAAAGAUCAUUGCCAGAUGUAUAAAUAUAAUUAAAUAAAAAUAUAGUAAAAGCCAGAAGGAUACAAAUAGCAAGCCCUACUCUCUCCAAUGUACAAUAAAUACUGCUUUCCUUUUAAGAAUAGAUAACUAUUUUGUACAUAUAAUAAAUGAUGAGGAAUUAAAAACUUAUAGUAUUUUAUAAUAUAUAUGCUUUUCUGUGCUGUUUCAACAGAGAGGGAUAUAAACGUAUAAAAUCAUCACAUACUUUGAUGCCACGUAGAGAAGGAUGUCAAAGGAAAGAGUUCUUUUUGUCUUUCUCACCUCCAUCUUCAGGGCUUGAGAGUUAGGUGUUUAUUUAACUUAAAAUGCUGCUUGUCUGUUUCUAUAAAACUCUUGGCCACACAUGAGUGAGCUCCAUCGAUGCUGAGAUGAAGAAUUUCUGGAUUCCUGCCUCAGUGGAGACCUCUGAUCAUAGUUGUUGGAUGUGAUAACUGGAUUGUUCUGGCCGCUGGAAAGCCCUACAAGCCCAGACCUUUUCCUGGAUCAAGGCCUCGCUAGACUCCUUGACUUCUUGUCUCAUAUUUCCGUGGGCUGACUUGGUUCCUAAGAGUUUUUAUUGCCCAGUAUCCUCCCAGUGUCCAUCCUCAUUGGCCUUGUGAAUCCUGGUUGGGUCCAACCUGACUGGGCAAUGCUGAAAUCUGUCCACUGUAGCACUCCUCAGAGCCCCAUGUUAGUUAGUUGGGUGUACGCUCAUGGCCAUCUCAUGGGUGGACAUCAUGUCAACCCCUCAACCUGUAAUGAGUGUUUGGAAAUAACGGUGUUUCAAAGUGAGCAUCUUGAUAUCUCUAUGAGGCACUCUGCAAUCUCUGACGCCUAGCAUCUGUACCCCCCCCCCCACCCACUCAAAAGAUUUGAGCCAAGACCAAGCCAUGGCCUUUAAAGCACAGGCCAGAGAAGACUAUGGAUGCUUCCUGGAGACAAUGCUACAGUAAUUGGUAGUGCUCGGAGUGUUUUCCGAAGACAGAGCCCAGAGGCAGGAGAGAUAGCUUUACAGUUCAAGGUGGAUCCUGUCUUUCUCCUUUGGAAUAAAAUCUAGAUGAAUAAUUUAUCCUUGAAUUAUGGUGGAGAGGGAUUGUCUUACUAUUACACAGCCCAUGAGUCACUACUGUUUGCCCCAACCAUCAUCUUAAUAAGGUGACAGAAAUAACAUUAAUUAUGGAAAAUAUUGUGUCAUGGUCUUGGGUUGUGUAGUCACACACGCACAUGGACAUGCAAACUUAGAAUCCCAAAUGGGAGAAAGAAAGGGGAAGGGUGGGUGGAAGGGAGAGAGUGGGUGUUUCUUUUUCAGAUCCAGUGAAGAAGGAAAGGGAGGAGGGGGCAUGUCCACAGGGAUGUGCUCUGAACUUUUCCUCAGCACGACAGACUUCCAAAGUAAGCAUGGUACUUCUUUAGUCCCAAGCAGGACUAGAACCUCCCUCCAUGAGUUUGGACAGUUUAUGCUCAGCAAGGACAAACUAGUUGCUAUGAUCUCAAGGGCAAUAAAAAGAAGGUUGUCAAUCUAUAAGAACAUUUGAAGAAUGUGUGUGAGUUCAUGUUUGUGAGUAUGAAUAUGGUCAUGACACACACAUGCAAGUUAGAGGUUAACAGUGGGUGUAUGUCUUUAUCUUUCAGCUUGUUUGAGAUGGGACCACCUGUUAUUUGUUAGUAUGUAUACAAGGUUAGCUGGUUCACAAACUACGGGAUAUUCUCCUGACUUUAUCUCCCAUCUCAACAUAAGAGUUCUGGUAUUAUAGAUGUGUGUUUUAUCACUGGAUUUUAUAUGGAUUCUGAAGAUUCAAACUUAGUUCCUCAUGCUUGCACAGCAAGGACUUCAGCCAUUGUGCCAUCUCCCCAGUCCUUAAAAAAAAGUUAUAAAGUUCAAACAUAUAAUCUAGACUUAAUAUUUUGGGGCAAAACAAAGCAAGUGCUAUCUAUUUUAGAAAAUGAAGUUAUGGAGUUAAUUAUUCCAAUUUAGUCUCAGUGUGUGUACUAGCUAGGGUCUUUGUUUCUCUUUCACCUUUUCCACAGAAGGUGACAUGCAGAGACUGUGGAGAUGGACAGCCAGUGCUCUGGAAUGGACUUCUUAGGGUCCCCUGUCCUCUGGUGUUGCUAAGACGUGUGCAUUGUAUGUAUCUCUGUCUCCAGGCAGACAGAACUCAGUGGCCCCAUCACCCAUACAUUGCAACUUCCAAAACAUUUCUGGGCUCUUCCACGAUGAUUUGGUGGGUCAGAAAUGUAUGUGCCAGUAGUGACACAUGAAGGUUGAUGCUGUGGGGAAGUGCGGGAGGCAACUUUGGUCCUCUGCUUGCUGUGACUCACACUGAGUCAGGUGUCCUUCUGCAAGCAAUGAUUAAAAGUAGUUUAAAAGCCACGAGUUGAUAGGGUGUCAUGUCUGCUCCAUUGAUUAUCAGACUAACAAGUAGGGAUCUUUCUUCUUCUGUUCUUCCAGACUUGUGUGUUAGAAGUUCAAUGAGAAAAAAAAAAAAAAAAAAAAAAACAGAGUGGCUUGGGGGGUCGCUUAGUGGUAGGGAACUUACCUAGCAGGUAAAAGGCCCAGUACCGUAAAGAAGAACACAAACUUUUUCAGGGUAGUUUUCAUUAAUUAUUUAUUUGACGAGGGAAGCCAUUUUGCAUUGCAAGCCAUUGACUACAAAAUUGAAAUAGCAAUAUAAAGGGUCCAGAGGUGGUGCCUGAGGAAUCCUACUCUGUAUUACCAUAUCUGAUAGAAUAGAAACUCAUCCUAACAUCAGGUCAUACUAGUGUGGGUGCGAGUCCCCUUGGAGCCUGUCACUCUCCUUACUGAGUCUGUCUCCACAGAGUGUGCAGGGCCACACUCGGUUGCCAGGUCAGGGUUGGGGUGCUUGUUGCUCAGGCCACACAUCCUAACUGACAGGUGCCGCGUGAGGCUCCGUUCUAAUCAAUUCUCAUUUUCACCGUUAGUUUUUUUUUUCUUGGUUUUCCUGGGGAUUCAAUGAAAGAGCCGAGCACAGAAAACAGUGUGAGAAUAACACACCCAAGCGUAGCUUCUGUCACUGUGUUUCCAAGAUCACUCCAUUUAAAAGAAUGCUAUAGAGCCACUGGGCAUGAUGGCUCACUCUUGUGUCCUCAGUGACAGAUAGAUUUCUCAAGCCUGGUCUACAUAGUAAAUCUCAGGAGAGCCAGGCAUACACUGUGAGACCCUCUCUUAAAAAAGGAAAAAAAAAUCAAUGGAUGACUUUUGCACACAUCACGUAGGGUGACAUCAUUUGUCACAUAGGAAGCAGCACAGCAUGGUGACAUUGUUGAAACCUUGCGGAGAGAUGUAGAAACAUCACUGUAGCAAUAGAGAGCCACCCACCAAUUACUUGCCUCUGCCCUCUGUCUUCAAAUUCAUCCUGGCUUUGGAAUUUCCCAUUUCCAUAUCAGCACAUAAGCGAUUAUGCUUCUAAGUUUCUCUUGCUGUUUAAGAGCAGAGCAGUGUCAGUUACGAUGUGCACUGUCAAGGCAGGAACCACUUUCCUGUAAUCUCUGUUUCAGACAGCUUAAGAAUGGCAUAAACGUGUAGCCUGCUCUUCAGUAAAAAUUAAUGCUGUUCAUUAAAGUGAUUCACACAUAAUCCUCAUAGUAUUAUCAAGAUGUUGUCUGCCUCUCUUCAUAUUUGAAAUGUCCUGAGUCCUCAUGGUGACACCAGAGCAAAGCCUUGGGCUGAUAUGUGAGGUUGUCAUGGAUGGUUUUUGGCUACAUUAUGAUGUUACACUGAUGUGGUAAUUAGAAAAUCUCAAGGCCAUGGUAACAUUGCCAUAUUGGCAUGAUACUCAGAAACUAGAUCAGGACUUGGAUUUCCAUGAGAGAAGAAUAAAAGAGGUUCAAGGUGAAAACUAUGUGGAUUUAAACAUACAUGUUUAACCUGGCUUUGCUUUAAGCUCAAAAUGUUGCUCCUAUUGGUUACUCCAAGGUCCACAGUAAUUACAUACUGAGUGUAUGUGUAUACACAUGUAUAUGCAUGUACAUACAGAUGCAUACAGAGAUACAGGUACCUAAAAAUCAGUCAGUCAAUCAAUCAAUCAAUCAAUAAUCCUUUCUGCUGUGCUUAUUUUAUGAAUUUUGUGAACUAAAAUUUUCCUUGUGUUUAUAUUUUCAUAAAUAUUUAUCCACUCUGUGUCAGUAUAACAAGUGUCAAAAGAGAGCUUAUGGUUUAGUCUAUAACGGGAUUGCCAAGGAUGGAGGUUCAAUUCCCAGAACUCACAGGAAUUCCCUUGUACCCCCAGCUCUGGGGAGGCAGAGAUAGGAUGGUCCCUGUGUUUGCUGGGCUAGCCAACCAAGCUAGCCUAACCACCAAGCUCCCUGUCAGCAACACACCUUGUCUAACAGUGGAUGUGGAUAGCACCGAGUAACAAAGAGCAUGAGAGGAAAGGUACCUGAGAUCUGCCUCUUUUCAUUGCACAAGACACACUCACACACAUGCACACACACAUUCACACAUACACACAUUUACACACACACUCACACAUAUAAACACACACAUGCACACACACAUACACACACUCACACAUACACACAUGCAUACAUACACAUACACACAGUCAAACACACUCACACACACACACACUCAUACAUACACACACAUACACCAUGCACACACACUCUCACACAUACACACAUUUACACACACACUCACACACAUUCAUACACAUACACACACUCAUACAUACACACACAUGCACAUACACUCACACACACUCACACAUAUAUACACACACAUGCACACACACAUACACACACAUACUCACACAUGCACACCCAUGUAUUCACUCACAUGCACACACACACACACACACACACACACACACACACACACACACACACACACUCACGCACACGCACAUGCACAGCAAUAAAAAUGAUUAUUUAAAAGGAAACGUGGACAUGCCUAAUGUUUUAUUUCAGUACAAUUUGAUAGCAUUUUGUUUGCCAAUUCAAAACUUCAAAACUAAUUCUGUCAACAUUUAUGAACAAGGAGAAUCCUCAUUCUGAACCUAUCAUGGCAAAAGCAGAAUGGCAGAAGUAAAUGCGGCAGACUAUGUUAUUCUGACACCCAUAAUAGAUACCCACAGAUUGUCACAGUGACUCAGGAGAAAAAGACUCUAGGUUGAGACCUAGAGGACCAAAGGGCUGUCGAGCACUUGGCAAAGAGAGAUAAGGACAUUCAAAAGAACAAUGCUGCAUAGUAAGAUCAGCUUGGGAUGGGGUAAGAGGCUAACCAGAUUAAGGUAGGCCUAAAAAACACUGUGCUACAACUAGGCAGUUUGGACGGCUGGAAAGAGGAUUGGGUUGGAGACUGAAUGUUUGAACUUAGAGUAGAUAGGACAGUACCUAUGUAGGCUUGCUGUGUGUGGAGGACGAGCCUUUGAACUUAGAGCACAGCGUGGGUCACAGGCUCUAGGCUUAUGCAUCUUUUGGUAUGGUACCCCUCAGUGACUUCAGCCAUUCAUGACGUGAAUGCCCCCCUCCAGCUGUAGUGAUGGAUACAUCUUGGAGUUAAAUGGUACACAUUUAGUUAGAACUCAGCUUCCGCUUCUGGGAUAACAUGUGUCUGGAUAUUCUUGUCUGUCAGUCCCACCUGAACUCCAGUCUACAGCUGCUAUAUAGUUAUAAUCUGUAUUUGUGUAUGCUAGUACAUCAAUGUAUCAGUAGACAUCUCAUUGUCUGUGGGAAGCCACAUACGCCAUUACAAGGUGGCGCUGGCUACCGCUGGCCACCACCCAUAAGUUUGGGUAAACAACCAAUGUGUGCGUGUGCAGUAGGGUUUUUUGCCGAGUCACUGACUGGCCCGAGGUAUGGAGGUAUGUAAAUGAGGUACUGAAAGCCUAACCAAUCGGGUGUGAGACACGCCUCUCCUAGGCCUAUAUAAGCAGCACCAGUUCUGGGCUCGGGGUCUUUUCGCCUCUGCAAUCAAGCUCUUCCAAUAAACAUGUGCAGAAGGAUCCUGUUGUGGCGUCUGUUUUGCUGGCGAGUUGGGUGCGCACAAUUGUCUUUUGAAACACUUCCCUUGAUAGAAUGGGAAGAGUGGUGUAUUCCCUUCGUAACUUCCUCACAACCUCCCUUUCUCCUCAGAAGCAUGCAUUUGAGGAGAGUUUCUGCUUCCUUGUGAGCUCAUGGAUGCCUAAGUAAGGAGUCAUCUGUCUUCAUUUCCACAUGCCACACACAAUAUCAAGAUGCCAGACUGACUUAUCCAGUGUAUCAGGUGCUUGCUAUGGAUUUGAUGGAAGCCGAACAUCAUUAGUGUACAAAGUAUGUGACCAGUAUUACCUGUAGAAGCAUUGUCUCAAGUCUGCUUUCCAUGACCACUAUGCAUGCAAAGCAAACAGAAAACCAGAGAGAGAGAGACACAGAGAGAGAGACACAGAGAGAGAGACAGAGAGAGAGAGAGAGAUAUUUGUGUCAAUGACCAUGAGUACAGAAAUUCUGUUCCAAUCUUUGUAUCUUUACAAAUAGAGAGGUUUGUUGUUGUUGUAGUUUUUAUACCAAAUCUAAGGUUUAUUUCGUGAGUUGACAAAUUUACAUUUAAAGAGGGACGGGUGUUUGUAAAUUUAAAAAUCAUCUCAGUAAUAUUUUUGCAUGCUGAACGAUAGAUUGGUCAUCAAUGGCAGAAUGCAUUAGGUAUUCCAUUCUUUGCUGUUAUUUUCUUUCUUUUCUCUUCCUUUUCUUUUUAAAUCAAGGCUGAACAGGAAGCUAUGCUGGCAGCCACCACAUUGGGUGGAAGUCAGGAGGAGGUAUGCUAGGGGCCAGAACAAAGGUCCCUUUGGUCUUUUAUUUUAAAGAGCCACACACUCACUAGCUUCCUGUCUGACAGUACAGGGGAGCCGGGAGAAAUUUAUUCAGGGUUUUCAGUAGUCCAUCUCUUAGUGGUAAAGGCUGCAAUCAGUCGCUUUUUAUUCUUCAAAACAAUUCUUAUAGGCUUGAGAGUUAGGGAUUGCUGUUUUGGAUAGAGUGAGGGAGUUUUACUUUGGAAAAAAAAAUAAAUUAGUAAUGGAGUUGAGGGAAGGAAAAGGCAGAACAGAUUUCCUCGCUUCCGGUCUGGAUCUUGCUGGUGGCUCUGCCGCUUUGCCUGCAGCAAUGGGUAUUGCCAGAACUCCGGGAAAAACAAAGCUAAAAUGGCAACAUCUCCCAGGAAAAUCUGAUGUCUUCCAAGCGACCAGCCUCUCCGUAUGGGGAGACAGAUGGAGAGGUAGCCAUGGUGACAAGCAGACAGAAAGUGGAAGAGGAGGAGAGUGAGAGGCUCCCAGCCUUUCACCUUCCCUUACAUGUGAGUUUUCCCAACAAGCCUCACUCUGAGGAAUUUCAGCCAGUUUCUCUGCUGACGCAAGAGACUUGUGGUCCUAGGACCCCCACUGUGCAGCACAACACAAUGGAAGUCGAUGGCAAUAAAGUUAUGUCUUCAUUAGCUCCAUACAACUCAUCUACCUCACCUCAGAAGGCGGAAGAAGGUGGGCGACAGAGUGGCGAGUCCGUGUCGAGCGCAGCCCUGGGGACUCCCGAGCGGCGCAAGGGCAGCUUAGCGGAUGUGGUGGACACCCUGAAGCAGAGGAAGAUGGAAGAGCUGAUCAAGAAUGAGCCAGAAGACACUCCCAGUAUUGAAAAGCUACUCUCCAAGGACUGGAAAGACAAGCUCCUGGCAAUGGGAUCAGGGAACUUUGGAGAAAUAAAAGGGACUCCUGAGAGCCUCGCUGAGAAGGAGCGGCAGCUCAUGGGUAUGAUCAAUCAGCUGACCAGUCUACGGGAGCAACUCCUGGCUGCCCACGAUGAGCAGAAGAAGUUGGCUGCAUCUCAGAUAGAGAAACAGCGUCAGCAGAUGGAGCUGGCCAAGCAGCAACAGGAGCAGAUCGCGAGGCAACAGCAGCAGCUUCUGCAGCAACAACACAAAAUCAACUUGCUUCAGCAACAGAUCCAGCAGGUUCAAGGUCAGCUGCCGCCAUUGAUGAUUCCCGUGUUCCCUCCUGACCAGCGGACCCUCGCAGCAGCUGCCCAGCAAGGAUUCCUCCUUCCUCCUGGUUUCAGCUACAAGGCUGGGUGCAGUGACCCUUACCCUGUUCAGCUGAUCCCAACCACUAUGGCAGCUGCUGCUGCAGCAACACCAGGCUUAGGCCCACUCCAGCUGCAGCAGUUCUAUGCUGCCCAGCUAGCCGCAAUGCAGGUUUCUCCAGGAGGGAAGCUCCUAGGCCUACCCCAAGGCAACCUUGGUGCUGCCGUGUCUCCUACCAGCAUUCACACAGACAAGAGCACAAACAGUCCACCACCCAAAAGCAAGGAUGAAGUGGCCCAGCCACUGAACCUAUCAGCUAAGCCCAAGACCUCUGAUGGCAAAUCACCUGCAUCACCCACCUCUCCUCACAUGCCAGCUCUGAGAAUAAACAGUGGGGCUGGCCCCCUCAAAGCCUCUGUCCCGGCAGCAUUAGCUAGUCCUUCUGCAAGAGUUAGCACAAUAGGCUAUUUAAAUGACCACGAUGCUGUCACCAAGGCAAUCCAAGAAGCUCGCCAGAUGAAAGAGCAACUCAGGCGAGAGCAGCAAGCGUUGGACGGGAAGGUGGCCGUGGUGAACAGCAUAGGUCUCAGCAACUGCCGGACAGAAAAGGAAAAAACAACACUGGAGAGCCUGACUCAGCAGUUGGCAGUUAAACAGAAUGAAGAAGGGAAAUUUAGCCAUGGAAUGAUGGAUUUCAAUAUGAGUGGAGAUUCUGACGGAAGCGCUGGAGUCUCAGAGUCAAGAAUUUACAGGGAAUCCAGGGGACGUGGUAGCAACGAGCCCCACAUAAAGCGUCCAAUGAAUGCCUUCAUGGUGUGGGCGAAAGAUGAACGGAGGAAAAUCCUUCAGGCCUUUCCCGACAUGCACAAUUCCAACAUCAGCAAGAUACUGGGAUCUCGCUGGAAAGCUAUGACCAACCUAGAGAAACAGCCAUACUAUGAGGAGCAGGCCCGCCUCAGCAAACAGCACCUGGAGAAGUACCCGGACUACAAGUACAAGCCUAGGCCAAAGCGCACCUGUCUGGUGGACGGCAAGAAACUGCGUAUCGGGGAGUACAAGGCCAUCAUGCGGAACCGGAGGCAGGAAAUGCGACAGUACUUCAACGUUGGGCAACAAGCACAGAUCCCCAUCGCGACGGCCGGAGUUGUAUACCCCAGCGCCAUCGCCAUGGCAGGAAUGCCGUCCCCUCACCUGCCCUCCGAGCACUCGAGCGUGUCCAGCAGCCCGGAGCCCGGGAUGCCCGUGAUCCAGAGCACUUACGGCGCCAAGGGAGAGGAGCCCCACAUCAAGGAAGAGAUCCAGGCUGAGGACAUCAACGGAGAGAUUUACGAGGAGUACGAUGAGGAGGAGGAGGACCCGGAUGUGGAUUAUGGGAGUGACAGCGAAAACCACAUUGCGGGACAAGCCAACUGAUAAGGGCCAACAGACUGUGGUGAGCCGAGGACUUGAAGAAGCCCUGUCCGGUUCAUCCUUCCCAGUGGCCAAGCACAUUAACUCUCUCAUACACUGACUGUUAUUUUAACUGUUAGUCUUAUAUAGUUGGGACAUCAGCUGACAAAUAGACCUCAGCCUCAAAAGGCUCGGAAAGAAAAGAAAGAAAGAAAGAAAGAAAAAAAAUUACAAGCAAAAACGUCAUCAAGAAGAAGAGAUCGAAAUAAGCUAUGGGUUAAACAGUGCCAGUAACUCAGCUGCUACACCCCAGCACUGAAGUCUCACCCGUCAACUUUUUUUUUUUUUAAUAAACUUUAUGGCUGUUUGUUCUAUAUUAGAAAUCCUCACUCAGGUACACAGUGCCAACAAGUGGCUUGUGAAUGUGUUAUGUUGUUCUGUGCUACAAUUUUUAAAAAGAAAUAAGUUUUGUUCUGUUCUGUUCUGUUUGGGGGCGGGGGGAGUGGGGAGGAAGGGUGGUUCUGGGUUUGCUCCUCUUUUCUUUUCCUUUUGGUUGUUAUCUUGCACCUGACAGACAGGGGGAAGACUGCGGUCAGUUCCCUCCACCCUCUAUCUCUCUGCUUUAAAGAUGGAGGCAUGUGCGAGGGGCUGGGGGCAGAGAGGAAAACAAGAGCCUGUGUUUGCCUUCAUUGCUUCUACACAACAGAGUCAACAACCGUUUUCCUUAGAGACCCCUAACCCUUGCACGAGACACCAUAUCUUUGAGCAAGUGCCAAAUUCGUCCCGAAGCGAUCACCAUCUUCAUUUGCUUGUCCCCUCCUUUCUUCUCGUCCCUUCUUCCGUUAGGACAGUGUUAAACCUUUAGACAGUCCCUGAAAAGAGCUGACACACCAGCAACUGGUGAGACUGCUUUUCGUUUUGUUUUGUUUUGUUUGUUUUUGGUUUUCUACUUUUUUUCUUUUCUUUUUCUUUUUAAUGGAAACUGUAGGUGCCGUUCUCAGGUGAAAAGAGAGAGAGACAGAAAUUUAGAGAAAAAAAUAUUUUCUGAUCUUGGAUUUCUGUGUGUGUGUGUGUGUGUGUGUGUGUGUAUGUAUGUGUGUAAUCAUGGUACAUUAGAUACAUUCCUAUUGGGGAAUAAUGUCAGGCCAUUGUGAGCAACACCCUCCAUGUGGGAAUAGAAUUCCACCCCUCCCGAGCAAGUGGGCUUAGAAGCAAUCUCAACCUUGACUUUGCACUUCCAGGGGCAACGGGACCAAGUGUAGAGCUCAGAAAUUCUAUUUUUCAAUUUCUAGUAUGCUCAUUGUCGGGUGGACCUGGCGGCCCUGUGUCCCGGGCACGUGCAUGGCAGGCAUGGAAGUUACCAGCUUCUGGAGGCUCCUCCUCCCUGGACAAUUUGCUUUUUCUAAUGUUUGCUACUUAGUGACCCGUGUGUGCGUGUGUGCGUGUGUGUUUUUCCUGUUGAAACUUUGAGCAAAGCAAUCAUGAUUUUGACUGAAUCUAUUUGCCAUUUUCCAGAAAUACAGAAUUAGCUUAUGUCUCCGAUGUUCCAUCCUUUCCUGACGAGGAAACAUAAUUGAUGGUUUUAUAAGAUUUUCUUUUCGUCUCUCCAUGCAACGAGGUUAGAGACUGUUUGCAUUUCACAAGUGUGGGCCAUGUGUAUUUGAUACCCCAAGGACCAGGAUUUGGUUAAACUUCACUGCAGCACCACAAAGUGGAGCCUAGAUGCACAGAGAGACCCCUUAACCAGUAUAAUGGUCCUUCACUGUAAUUUGAGCUUGCUAGAGAUCAAUUGCUGGUGCUGGCAGAGUGCAGGCUCAGAGCAAUAAGCAAGUAUGAGUGGACCAAUGACUCCAAUCGACAACCAAAAGGUCAAGGCAGUGGUAGGCAGACAACUGCAGCCACUUCGGGACCCUCCCAACUGUGUUUAAACGGAGAGAGCACCUCAGCCAGGGGCGUAGUUGUGUUCCUGUGUUCCAGUCCUCUCAUGUUGCCAAAUGCCACCCUCAAGUUUGUUUUCCAUACAUAAAUAAGUAAAAGAGGAGAAGGAGGAGGAGGAAGAGGAGGAGGAGGAGGAGGAGGAGGAGGAGGAGGAGGAGGAGGAGGAGGAGGAGGAGGAGGAAAACAAAACUCCUUUCUGUUUUUUUCUCGCUCAGAAGGUCUUGCUUUGAGGUUUUGCUCGGAGGAGCCCAUCACACCUGCAUGUCAGAGGUUUUCUGUUCAUGGGAUUUUGUUUUUGUUUUUGUUUUUUUCUAAUGACUGUAUUUUCAUUUGAAUUGCCUCUUUUUGCUAGUGUAAAAUUAUGAUUAAAUAAUAAUAAUAAUAGUAAUAAUAAUAACAGUCAGCUGUUCCCAGAUUAGUAAAUUAUGUAUAAUUUAUUUUAUUUCUCCCUAUUUUAUUCUGCUUUGGAUUUGGAAGCUGUUAGGUAUUUAAAACUAAUUUCUAUUUCUAACUCAUACACACAUACACACAUAGACACACGUCUGUAUGUGUACGUACACACAAAUACUUGCUUCUCCACCCGUAACUUGCUCUGUGUUAACAGUUUUAGCCCCGGUAGCAUUGGUUCUGGUAUUUCAUAUGAAGCGGUGAAUUAAGAGGAAUGUCAUGUUCAAUCUUAAUUAACUUAUGCUCUUUCCUCUCAUCUUAGUUAUUUAAUUACCAAUUAUCUAGAGCCAGUUUUUGUUUUUGUUUGUUUUGUUUCGAAACACUCUGAAUAAGAAAAAAAAGACACUUGUUUUUAUACAAUUAUAACGCAUACAAUGUGAAAACAGAUUUAUUAAAAAAAAAAAGUUUCUCUGCGUCUUAACAAAUUUCUCCUGACUGAUGUGGGUUCUCCACUCUCAUGUGCUGGGUCCCUGUCUCACAGCACAUUCGAGACAAGCUUGGUUUUCAUUUCCUGACCUUGGGCAACAAGAACACUUUGUUUUAGCUCCAGGUAGAUGCUGCUGACAGGCAUCCAAGGCCAAAACAGCAGUGAAUCAGAGCAAACUCACUCUCUGGUUUGCUUUUGAUUUAUUUGAGGGAAACUGAAACUGUGCAUGGUAACCUGUAGCUGCUGAAACUCUCCAGUUGAGUUGAGUUUAUGUUCAUAACUGAACUGUGCCCAGACAAAACCACAAAGCAAGCCCAUAAUGACAUGCCAUUCUCUGUCUGGACAUUUUCUUCAGCACAUGUUGGCUCUGCUUUGCCCAAGAGUUUUCCCUAGGGGACAACAACAGCAAAGGUAAUUCUACUCAUGGCUAAAGUACACAUAGGUCACUUGGGGGAAAGCUGCUGUAAAUAGCGACUUAACGAUAACAACACAAUGCCCUUGCUCCAUUGGUUAGGUGAUGCUUUUAGGUAGAGGAUCUGAUAGCUUUACAUUCGUUCUAUGGCACGCAGAGGCCAAGUAAGAUAUGGCAGAGGACAUAACAUAAAGUGGAAAGAUGAAAGUUAGCAGUCAACAGCCCUCCCCCCUUCCCUCUCCUCAGCUUAUAGGUUUAAGUCAUGCCCAUCUGUCUUUCUACCGCUUCCCCAUCUUCCCUUUCACACACAUUUAUACCAAAACUGAAGAGUAAUAUUGAUAAUUUCUUCGUUUUUACAUUUGUUAUGGGAACCUCUAAAGCUAGUCACAUUUGAUAUAAAUCUAAGAAAAAUAUUCAGAGAAGAAAAUGGGUUAAAGCCCUUUGUAAGUCAAUGAUAAUUUGGCUAGUUAUUACAAACAGGAGAAAAAUUACACACACUUCAGUGUAAUUUUACCCAAAGUAGUCAAGUGAACUCUGAAAGUUCAUUUGCUUCUAGCUAAGAACUACCUUUGUGUAAAACCCCUCCCAGUGAACAUACGUAUCAUGGUUGGAACCAAAUCUUCCCAUGGGGUAUGAAUAUGAAAGCAUUAAGUGUUCUAUGAUGAAGCCACUUCAUAUGUUUGAUUUCUAAAGUACAAUCUACCUUAGUUUGCUUGAAGGAGAUUAUCUUUCCCAUUCCGUGGUGUGCUUUCAGACAUUUCCAUAAUGCAGAAGCUGACCGUGUCCUCAGAGGCAUCCCUUCUGUCUCACGUAAAAACACAAGGAAUAAACUAUACCAUCCUUACUCUAAAGGGUAAACUAUUGAAUUGUAAUAACUGUAUAUUUACAAACAGGUUUAUAAAAAUAUUUGUCUAUCAAAUUAAUAGUGAAAUAAAACUUUAUGAGGUUUGCAAGGAAGAAAUACGAAAGCUACUUAAAGUGGCUGAUCUAUUUCAUUGCCUCUUAGGGCAGAGACAUUUCUGUAGCCAGGUUGACACAGUAUUUAAUUGUGCAGUCCCACAGGUUGAAGGUGACAUGCUGACGGGUCCCUGUCCUCCCCAAGUGUCUGUCACUGGCCCACUAAAGGCAGUAUUUAUUCAGCUCCCCUGGCUCUAAAGCACUUAGUCCUUCUAACAGUGCGGAUUUCACAAGUGAAAAAGUUUUGUUUGUUUGUUUUUUUGUUUUAUUUGUUUUUUACUGAUUUAAAAAAAAUAGAAAAAGAGACAAUCAAUGCCUGGAGCUUAAAACAAAGUCUGUGCAAACUACCAUCUCACUUGAAAUUUAAUAAAAUAAGAAAUUGUGUAAAUAUAACAUAGAGUUAUAGAUUUCUAUUUUGUUCAUAACAUAGUGUAAUAUAAGUUGUAUAUUUUCAUGUUUUUGGGUUUUAUGUUAUCAUUCAUGCCACAAUAAGAAUAAAACAGGAGUUUGUGUACUCUUGGGAAAAAGAAAAAGAAAAAAAAAAGAUGUGGGUCCCCGCCAGCCUGUUUUUUGCUUUUCUGUUCUCGUUUUCAGUUUGUUUUGUUUGUUUUGGCCUUCCCCCUUUCAGUAUUACUGCCGUGCAAGGCACCAAUAAAACAGCAAAUGUGUUCUUUAUCUAUUA